UCUCUCUCCCUCAAUCUUUUAAUCUCUAAUUUCUCAUCCUCAGUCUUUAUUUGUCAAUUUUUUUUCUGAUUAUAUUUCGCCAAUUUGUUCUUCCUCUCUGCAAAAAAAUAAGUAACUGAAAAUACCAGAAUUACCGAAAAACGUAAAUUAAAUUAAUUUAAAUUGAAGCUGCUACAGUUUUUCCUUUGUGUUUUCUGUGCCUAAUUUGAUCUUCAUAAUCGAUCCUCAUUUUGCAGAUUACUUACUGGUACUGAUGUGGGAGUUCAUUUUGGAGUGAAGAACUUGGCUGUUUUUUAGGGGUCAUUCAUUUUCUCCAAUUUGCCUGGUGUUCUCGUAUGUGUUCACGCAAGGCGCCACUUCUACUGGAUUCUGGUAGUACUAUAUAGAACUUUAACCAUUUUAUUAGGUGGUACAGACUGGUUCUAUGCAAAGGCAAUACAGUGCCAGUGAUUCCUUCCCUGAAACCAUCGGCAUGGAGCAGCGAUCUGUUCCAAAUAGUGUUGGGAUGAGUCAGCAAUCUUCUAUGAAUAACAUGCUAAAUCCAGUUGAAAACAGGUUGUCAAAUGAUGCUGUCUCUUACGAUGAGGCAUCAUGUGUAAAUGCUAUUACUCAUGAUGUUCAGAGCCUUAACGGAUGGUCCUUGGGUGAAUCUAGCUCUAGGAUGAAUCUUCAAAAUCAGGCCUUAGAUGAUAGUAUGAAAAUGGAAGAAAGACGGCCUUCUUCAUUCAAUCCUCAUACUGUGGCUGUUCCAAGGUCAGACGAAAGGCGAUUUGAAACAAAUGACAUUUUUAUGCCGGGGAGAGUUAGCAUUGGCAUCAGUGGCAGUGAGGGUAGGAAUGGGCAAGUACUUUUGCAGGGUUCCAGCUCUAGCACUGUCCUGUCAAAUCCAAAUCCGACCAGAGGGUAUGUGGGUGACAGUAGUAAUGGCCGACAUGGUAUGGGGAAUAUUUUAGGCUCUAAUCAUUUCAAUUCCAGAGGAUUAAAUUUUGAGCGGGUGUCUCCCGGUACUUCAAAUAAUAAUGUCGGUACAUCUGAAAGUUAUGGUUUUAUGACGGAUGAAACUGAUGGUGGUCCUGGUUCCUCUAUAGGAGGUUGGGGUUUGUCCUGCAAGAGAAAAUCCCUUGAAGGUACUUCUGGACAUUCUUAUCCAGGUGGAAGUUCAAGUUGCUUUCCGCAUCCCGAACACAGUGCAUGGAAUACAGGUACCAAUCGUAAUGCUUCAAGUAGCUUAAGUUUAUCUCCGCCGUCAUGGAAUUCUCUCAGUGUUAGCCCUCCUGAACAGUCAAAUACAAGAACCAGUUAUGAUGUAACUGGAAAUGCAGACCCCUCGAGAGAUUUCCGUCAGAGGGUAAAUUCCAGUCAUCAACAGGAACCUCUAGCAUUAAAUUUUUCAACGCCUGGUGGUGCUAGGCGUCCUAAUUUUUGGCCAAUGCACCAGUCUCUUAGACCUGUCCCACUUAGUGAUCCUUUGGACUUUAGAACAACACCAGCAACAAAUCCAAGUGCUUCUCAGGGACCACCUCAUGCCAUGCAUGCUUCUGCUUCAUCUAGAAACACAUAUCUUUUCCCUUGGUAUGGAUCUUCCACUUCAAGAGCUAGGCAUUCAUCUAGUUCUCAUAUUCCUGGAGAAAGAGGUGCUGCAUUACAUGAUGAGGCGAGUUUAAGAAGCAUCUCAAGAAACAACAUAGAGCAUUCCAUGUUUAUGCCUGUAACUGAGAUGAGAAACAUGGGACAAGAUCCAUCAGGUUGGAGUUUGGCUACUGGCAACAUUAGCUCGCCGUCCAGUGUUUCUUCUAAUAGGGUCAGUCCCAGUUCAAAUAUUCAUUCUUUGCCUGUACCCACCUGGCUUUCUAAUCAUAGCUCCACACUGAAUAAUCAGCAAAGGUUUUUGGAUUUUUCUCCGUGGUCCUUGUUUCCAUCCAUGGACUCUGAGCCUAGCGGCCGCAAUGGUCAUUUCCCUUCAUCAUCUGGGCCUUCUGCUUCCUCUCAAGAAACGGUUUUGUCUUCAGGAUCUGGCAGCCAAGGUCAUAAUCAACCAUUUCAAAGGUCAGCAUUCUUGGUGGAAGGACAAAGUGAUGAUGUUCUUGGGAUGCCUCGUUCUCUGAGAGCUUUAGCGGCUGACAUUGAAGGGAGGCAUCAGCUCAUAUCUGAGGUUCGUCAAGUCCUGAACGCAAUGCGCAGGGGUGAAAACCUACGGAUGGAGGAUUACAUGCUAUUUGAUCCAUUCACACAUCAUAGUAUGGCUGAAAUGCAUGAUAGGCACAGAGAUAUGCGCCUUGAUGUCGAUAACAUGUCUUAUGAGGAAUUAUUGGCAUUGGAAGAACGCAUAGGAGAUGUGAAUACUGGACUCAACGAGGGGACAAUUUUGAAACUAUUGAAGCAGCAAAAGUAUGCUGCCAUGACAGCAGAAACUGCAGACAUCGAGCCUUGUAGCAUCUGUCAGGAAGUAUACAAGGAUGGGGAUGAUUUUGGAAGGCUAGAUUGUGGACAUGACUUCCAUACAAACUGCAUCAAGCAGUGGUUAGCUUUGAAAAAUAUAUGCCCCAUUUGUAAGAUGACAGCCCUACCGACGUAGAUGACGAUCGGAGCUUAGAAAUUUUCUUUUCAUUUGAAAUUGAUCAUCAACCCAGAAACUGGGUGGAUGAUAUGCCUCAUUUGGUUAAAAAAAGAAAAAGAAAAAAUUACAUAUGAAUUGGAUAAUCUUAUGUCUGUUAUAAAUUACACCAUGACUGAAAAGGGUUUGUCCAUCUUCUAAGUAUUAUGACAAUCAUGAAAUUAAAUGGAAUAAUGUCAACAUGAAUAGCUUAUUUUCAUGAUCAAA